ACAUGUAUUUCAUUUCAAGGUGUGUUGCUUUAAACGAUAACAGUCCAAGGGAAAAAAAACAUAUUCAUUUAAAACCAUAACAAAAAACACAAAACUCAAACUAUUAACCCAAUCCAUUUUUGACGACAAACACCUCGGAAUAUAUUGAAACUGAAAAGCAGCAGUAGGGUAAUAGUUAAUAUCGGGAAUGGACGUAAUCAACAUUUUGCAGAUUGAUUUCUAUUUAGCAUUCGCUCAUUAUCUUGUAUCCUGUCUUAACGGCUUGAUAAGAUAUUUAGGCGGUCUAACUUAAUUUACAAAAUCGUGUUUAUUUCUCUUUCUCAAAUAAAAUGACUUGAAAUUUAUGACAUCACUAAAACGAUUUGUUUGUGCAAUUGAAGUGAGAUAAGCAUACAAAUAACACAAAUGUAAUGAAUGUUAGUUAAAUAAAACUCUUAAUAUAUUAUCCGGUCUGGGUACUUGUAACGACUUACGAGGUUGUUCUUAUUUUAUCGCACAUAAUGCGCGCACUAAGUUUCUUACUUAGUAUUGAACUAGAAUAUAAUAUAUCUUGUUAUAUCUUUAAUUUAUCAGUGUAUAAUCUUCUACUUAUGAUAACCGAUAUUGCUAUCAGACUUUCAACUAGUAUCCUCCCAAUCAAAUCACUUUAUCGUACGUCGUCAGUAAACUUGAUAAACGGUCACAUGAAUUUACAAGUUUAAACCGAAUUGAAUAAGUGUUAUUCGUAAUUGGUAAUGAAAAGAUUUUAAUGUUUCCACUUGGUUUGUGGAUGUAAUUGUGUUAUCCUACUAACAUAUGUGUAAAAUUUGAUAUGUUUAAUUAUUCAAAUUUAUAUCAAACGUAAAUGUUAACAAAUAAAACAUCCAAGCACGACAUCAUAAUGUGAUUGUUGUAUUGCGAAUACUUUGGAUUUUGUAAUUGCCAUUCUUGUUUCACUUGUCAGAGAAAGGGCAGAAACGGGGCAGCAAACUGUUAAUUAUCCUAUAUUCAUGGACGUCUGCAAGAAGGCAUUGUAAAAAGCUGCUAGGUAAACUACCGGCCUGAUCAGUUAAAGUCAUGCCGAAACGGCUCAAAAACAAACUCUAAUCGCCAGGCCGAGGAGGUGAACUGUGUCAAUGGCUGACGAAGGCAUCAGACGUGAUGAACCAGGAGAGGUCCCUAAACAGGUCAGUGUGUCCAGCAGUCACGCUUGGUUUCAAAAUGAACAAGCCUCUGCUGAGACUUCUACUUUAAUGAAUGUUCUGGGUUAUGGGCCUCACAUCCGACAGGCUCGGAAAGAAGCAUACAAGGCUUGGGACAGGCAUGCGACUGCAAAGAUGCGUGGUAUUGCGUGUAUCACCACGGGUAGCAAGGCUGAGGGUCUGACCAGCUAUCUGGAGAGCGAUGUAGACAAGUUGGUUGUUACAAAAAGUGUCAUCUGUUUAGAAGAUGGUGUUGAUUCAAGUAGCGUUCCUGUGGAGAUAACCAUAUUUAGAUCCUGCAGUCGUAUUAGUUACUCCGGACACUGUAGACUGCUACUAGAGAGAUACGGUACACAUGUUUCGAUUGAAGUGUACAACGCCUUGUGUGAUGAUGGAUUUGGUCGCGGACUAUUAAGCAGCGACUUAUAUGUUAAUCAUUUGUUGAACUUUAAACUGAGGGAGGGCAUAGUACAACAUGAGCGUGCUGGACCUUCAACGCCAAAAACAAUUGGUGUUCUAAAACGCGAUACCGUGAAUGCGCUUCAUUUUUACUGCCCCAGCAUCCUGACAAGAUGGGCGGCAAGACAUCGCUACUGGCCAUCAGCUGACGUCGUUAGGGAGGUUGUAUCACUUGGAGCAUUUGUUUCUCCUGUUGGGGUUAAAGGCAGCGAUUACGAACAUGUUGAAUGGAGAAUGUGUUUUAACACCGGGGAAAACGUACUGAUAAAUAAUCUUAACGACACUCAGGUUAAAUUAUAUGUGCUAUUAAAAAUGGUGAAGAAAGAUGUAUUACAACCGCAAAAGAAGGAGGUGACAUCGUUCACGGUUAAAAACAUUGUAUUAUGGAUAGCAGAAAAUAACCCGCACUCAUUGUUUCAUGAAAGCAGUCUGUUUCACUGGCUUUAUGAAGGAUUAUAUGCGCUAAGAGUUGCUAUAGAUACGAAAGAGCUGCCUUAUUACAUGAUCCCAGGGCGAAAUCUGAUGGCAGCCUGCGCUCUGGAUCAUGAGCAGAAACGUUCUUGGAUAGCUACUAUUGAUGAAAUGAUGACCGAAGGUCCCCGGAUGAUAUUGAGACUACCGAUUAUACGACAAGCUAUUAAUGCUCACCCUGAGCCACUACGAUGGUACAGCGGGAGAAAGAUAGAGUAUGAGAUGCUGCAGCUGAUAUGCAUGAACAGAUUCGCCCUCGGCAUGGAUGAAGAGACUGAUGUUAUUAUACAGGCAGUAGGCAGUCGUCAGAAGGAGAUUGUGAGGGAGGUUAUGAUGAGGAUGAUUAUGGAAGGGGCUCGAGUAAAUGAUAUACGGAAUGUAUGGAUUAGUAUGUUGAUGUAGAACGAUUACACAUAUCAACAGCCAUUUGACUUGCACUUGAAAUUCACAUAUAUAGAUGUAAGGAGGUAUCGUCUGUUGGUAAUUAAUUGUUGGAUAGAGAUGGAGUUGCUGUGGCUGAUAUGCAUGAACAGAAUGGCCCUCGGCAUGGAUAAAGAGACGGAUGUUAUUAUGCAGGCGGUACGCAGACGUCAGAGUGAGAUUGGUAUGGACGUUAGUAUGAAUAUGAUGAUGGAAGGGGGUCGAGUAAAUAAUCAUCGUAAUGUAUGGACAAGUAUGAUGAUGUAAACAAAUACACUUAUCAAAAGCCAUUUGACUUGCAACUGUAACACACAUGUAUAGAUAAGGGGUUGUCGUCUGUUGGUGAUUGUUAUUUAUUGUGUGGAAGAAUACUAUGGAAAUGUAAUCUUCGUUAAGAAAACUGUUCAUAUAAACGUUUGAAAAUUGUUGUAUUAAUCCUAUAAUGCCUAUGAAGCGACGAAAUGAUGAUGAUUUGCUGAUUUAAAACUUUGAUCACAUUUUUCGAUAACAUUAUUGUUAAAUAGGUGCGCUCACGUAAAGGCAGAUCCCCAUGUUGAAUGUUAUCAAGGGUCUUAAAAUAUAUCUAUAUAUAUAUUUGUGUUAUGCUUGACAUGCGUCCAUGUACGAGUUGUAACCCAAUGAACAUUAAGUUAAUGUGAAAGCAGGUUUAAUAUGUAUGACGAUAUAAUAGAACAACACGCGAAUACUUCUCCAUUAAGUAUAAAGAUGUGUUUCGUACCUUAUUGAAAGUAUUUUUGGAAACAAUUAUCGAUUGAUCUAUUACAAAACGAUGCACUCUAGGUCCAUGCUAUAUAGUAGCUUGUACGUCAUGACGAUAUUCAUUUUAAGGUUAAAUAGUUGAUUAUAUGUUUUUGUUAUUGAAAAGGCUUGUGUUUUGGAAAAGACUCGUUGAUCAAACGUCCGCAAAUUUAUUUAGUUAAGAUAUUGCUUUAUAUGUCAACCUGUAAUGCUACUGUCGCGAUACGAUUGUAUAUAUGUAACUGCUGAAUUGUAAUAGUUUUGUUCUUGCUGCUGUAACAGUAUGGCUUACACAUCUGUUGUCUUUGUAUGUGCCAAAUAUUAAAUAUGAUCAUUUUAUUGUAUAAGAAAAUGUAUUAUUAUAGUGUUCGAUUAAACGGUAUAUGUGGUGCAGAUAUUGCGUCCGCUUGAAAAUCAUUUACGCAAAUUUGCUUUGAAUUUAAUAAUACACUUUGUAUAAUUGUCCUUUUUACUCAUUUUGCUUUGAAAGCAUAAUUGUUUCAGUUUAUGUUUAAAACUGUAUUUAUUUAUUUACAUGUGAAUUAAAUAUUGUUUUAUAUCUUUGUCAUGAAUAUCAUGUUUGAUCUGGAACUGGGGGUCUUAGGUCAGCGUUUAAGAGACGUGCGAACAAAUUGCUACCCAGGACAUGCACGCUUCCUCUAUAGCCACCUGUUGUCAUGCUGUCCGUGUUUGGUAAAUCCGGGAAAAUGGACAAAGUAAGCGAAUAGACAUCAUCUUCGCGAAUAUUCAACAUAAGUAUAUGAUGAUACUUUCAUUGAACCUUCAUAUCAAUUGACAUUUGAAGAGCGGGCUUACUAGUAUUUACUUAACGUUUAUUUUGCUUAAAACAUUCUUUAUGUACU